AUGUUGGCGUUGAUGAGGAAGCUCCUGGUACCGUCGGCGAGGCGUGGGGAAGCUUCAAUCAGCGGCGGUGAUCUCCGGUUACUGGCGGCUCCGAUCGUCAAAUUGGGGCUGCUCCGGCGUCAAUCGAGUGUGUGGCUCGGUCAAGUAGAAGCAGAGAUGGGAGGAGAAGCUAUUGGUGUGAAGAGUGAGGGCGCGGGGCUGCUCUAUUUACAGCGGAGGAGGUCCGAGGAGCAUGACGGGGGUACUGCUCAGCCACCAUCACCACAAACGAUGCAAGAACUAGCCGAUUCAUUAUCAGAGCAGCUACUUGAUGACACAGAAACGCAAAUAUCGAUGCAUGGUGAGAUCGAGAAACGAGCAAACAGCAGCGCAAUCUUCAGUCCCAAGCAGGCUCGGUUAGGCAGAUCAUACAGCCAGAUGUUGGAGGACGAGGAAGAAGGCAUGAUUAAAUACCGUCGCUUCUGGGAGGACACUUGGGGCAGCUCGUCUGGUUCCUUCGAAGACUACACGUUUGUGACUCCCAUGCUUUUUACAUAUGGAGCCAUCCCAGCACAUGCUAGCCUCAGCAGUUGCUUGCAGAUCUUCUCCAUCGAAGUCAUGGAAAAUGAAUAUUGGAGAAUCAGGUGGCCAGUGGAGGUUUAUGGUUUUAUUGCCGCUCGAGACACGGUGGAUUACAAUCGCAAUCUUAUGUUCAGCCGCACAAGGGAUGACCCCCAAAUUCUCACUCCUCAGGAUCCAUUUUUGCAGUUGACUGGCCCAUGUCGCGCAAUUUGGUUGAUCGACCCUGUCGACUUUGAAAUUCAAUUAAAAGUGAAGGGCGCAAUAGAGUCUGAAGAUGAAACAUUCAUGGCUCGACGGUUUGCGUAUGGACAUGGUUUUGGACAGUCCGGUCAUCUUGCCCGUCGUUGUUGGGAGGGUAAUUUUUGCACACUAGAGAUCACCUCUGUGCUCCUUUGUAGCACGGUUGCAGCAACUAUCAUCUCUGCUGACAUUAUUGAAGGGUCAUGGCCUGAUGAUUCUCGAGGUUGUGUGGUUUCCCGUACUGCUGGCAUAGAUAAGGAUUUUGUGCUGCUUGAUUCCGGAGAUGGACCAAUGCAUGUGGAUACAGAUGGUCAUAUUAACCUUCAAAGGGGUGUUGUGUGUGUGCCGCGUGCCGGAAUGCUCACGGUUUCUAUGGAAGCCUACUCGAAGGACAAGAUGACCGCAGCAGCUCAUGUUGAAUUCAGGCCCAAAGAUUCCCUCACGAGUAUCGGUACUUGCAACCUUGGCUUCGGCACGGUGAUGUUCAUCGUUGGCUGGUCCCUCGCGUCAACAAAUAUGUUGGCGAAUGAAAAGCUAGUUUGACCGUAUACGAUUAGGCGU